UGAAGUGCUUAGUCAUUGAGUUGCGACGAAAAUUGAUCGUCGAAACCACUGACAAUCAGCUUCACCACAUCAGACAACCACCCCAAAAUGCAACGCCACGCCUUCCGUUCGGUGUGCAGCCGGACAAGGCCAGAGCUCGAGCAGGUCUCGGAUGCGUUUCGAAACUACGCCCGUCAAUUCUCAACAACGCAGUUCCAGGCUGCCGAUGGCCCAAGCCCCAGCACCCCGAGGCCGCCUCGAAGUCAGGCUGGUGGUCCCAAGGUUAUCGAUAUAAAGAACAUGCCCCUGCGCGGACGUGGGGGUCUCAGAGGGCGCGGUGAUGCUCGUGGAAGAGGCGGUCUUAUGUACAGAGGUCGAGGUGGAUUUGCCAGAGGAGGAUCAUCAGCUCAAGACCGAUCUUCUACGCCUGUUCGAACUUCUUCACCGACAAGAGGUCGUGGUGGUUUCGGUGCGAGCAGAGGACGAGGCGGUCGUGGCGGCCGUGCUCGUGGCCGAGGUGGAAGGACCAACGAUCGACGACCAAGGGAUGAAGAGGACAAGGAUAAGAAGAGGAUCGACCGAAACGAGUUCAACACAUUGGAUCCUGAUGAGAAGUCCUUUGACGAUAGCAUUCGAUUCGGCAUCACCUCUCAGUACACACCGUCUCUCACACUCGAAUCUAUCAACGAAUUUGCGCCCGUUGCACCAAAUUCCGCCUCUGGAAAAUCGGCUGCUGUUCUUCAGAACCUCAGUGUCCUCGGCACAGCGGAUCAUGUCGGCGCACCAGAAGCCUUCCAGCCUAAAUAUUACGCCUCUGAGAUUGAGGCCAACGGUAUUCGCUUCUUCGCCGACCCCAAAGAUAAGGAGGCUGCCGAAAAGUACCUCCAGGAGAAGCUCAAGGCUGAAGGCAAAGAGUCCACAGGCCCCAUCAUUACCGACACGGAGGACGCCAUUCGUCAGGUCAUCACACAGCGAGCUAUUCAAGGCCAACAUGAGACACCCAAGUUCGCUUCAGACCCUGUUGGUCUCUCUCGCUCAUGGCAUCUCAGGGCCGAGACUUACUCUACCAACGAUGUCAACUCCUUUGAGACAAAGUUGACAUCGCUGUUGGCUAAGAAGCCUACUGCUGGAAAAGGUGGAAAGGCCCGUGCUUAAAAGAUUAGAUCUUAGGAUCAGUGUACACUUGUCACGAUAUGUAAUACUACA